UUCUUAUCACUGUUGAAGUUAUUGACUAUUUACUGAGCAUCAUGUCGGGAAGUGAUCAAAGUAUAGCAGAUUUCCUCUCAUCGGUAUUACCAGUACCUGGGAAUAGUCGCCCGGCGGACGAGGGGCUUCAACGACCCUUAGUGACCCUUACAUUCGCUCAAUCUCUGGACGGGAAGAUAGCAGGCAAGGGAGGCAAACAACUUAUCCUCAGCGGCAGAGAAAGCAUGCUCAUGACCCAUUGGAUGCGCACCAAGCACGAUGCAAUUCUAGUUGGCAUCGGUACUGCACUAAAUGACGACCCUCAGCUAAAUAGUCGCCAUAUCCCUGAGGAUGAAAGGCCAAGCCAUCUACCUCGUCCCGUGAUACUCGACGCAAACUUGCGCCUUAGACCGGGCUGCAAGCUGCUCAAAAAUUAUCAGGAAAGAAAAGGCCGCCGUCCGUGGGUAAUUUGCGAUACUAAUUUGAGCCUCGAUGAUGUCGGAAGAAAAUACACCCUCGAGAACGCUGGAGCAAGGGUAAUCGGCGUGCCCUCAGUGGACGACCUCUUGAAAGUUCUUUACAACUUUGGGAUCAAGACCCUCAUGGUCGAAGGAGGUGCGACCGUCAUUGGCUCUUUCCUAGGGGAAUCUGCACGCGCCAAGCCUAAUGCCAUUAUUGAUACACUCAUCAUCACAAUUGCUCCGACGCUGAUUGGCGAUGAUGGAGUCAGUUACGGGGAGGGACUCUCAGCGGCGCAGGUUCCCUCUUUGAAGCACAUCCGGACAGAGGUCAUGGGGAGAGAUGUGGUUGUUGUCAGUGCACUAGAGUGAAUGUUUUUUGGGCGAGCGAAUUAGCUCCCAUGGCAUAGCAAGAAACUACGACGACAACAAAGCAAGGCAGAAUAAACGUGUUUACAUGAA